AUGACAUCUAGGAAGAAAGUACUACUUAAAGUCAUCAUUCUGGGAGACUCUGGGUGAGUGUCCUGUCUACCUUGCACAGCCACUUACACUUCUUCUCUGUUAUCAUAAAAGGUUACAAAAUAUAUUUGUUUACCAAUCACUCUGUCAUAACUGUUGCUGACCUGAAUCUCUAUCUUGUCAGAGUUGGGAAGACCUCGCUGAUGAACCAGUAUGUGAAUAAGAAGUUCAGUAACCAGUACAAAGCCACAAUAGGAGCUGAUUUCCUGACGAAAGAAGUGAUGGUGGAUGACAGGCUUGUUACCAUGCAGGUACUGGGGAAGGGAUACUAUCAAGGUACUCAUCACAAGUGCUGUGCUGAAGUACAGGUCAAUGGGUAGGCCUAUAUUUUAUUGUUCUUCAUAAACGUGUAUGCCCCUCCCCUGUGCUCUGUCACAGAUCUGGGACACAGCGGGGCAGGAGAGGUUCCAGUCUCUGGGCGUGGCGUUCUACCGCGGGGCAGACUGUUGUGUGCUGGUGUUUGACGUGACCGCCCCCAACACCUUCAAGACUCUAGACAGCUGGAGGGACGAGUUCCUCAUCCAGGCCAGCCCGCGAGAUCCUGAGAACUUCCCCUUUGUGGUGCUAGGCAACAAGAUUGACCUGGAGAACAGACAGGUGGAUCCAGAUGUAGUGUUUGAGACCAGAGCAUCUCAGGCAGUAAGUAGCUUGUGUUCCCUUCAGAGAAUGACAGCUGCUUUUUGUCUGUAUCUGACAGGUGACGACUAAACGAGCACAGGCCUGGUGUCAGAGCAAGAACAACAUCCCCUACUUCGAGACCAGCGCUAAGGAGGCCAUCAACGUUGAACAGGCUUUCCAGACUAUCGCACGCAAUGCUCUUAAACAGGUAGGGGGUCAGAAGGGAACUUGUGAGAGCUUAGCUGAAUGCCAUGUGUGUAUUUACAGUAUUAAUAUCUUGAUUUCCAUGCAUGUUGAAGUCACACAAAAAAAGCUUAACACCAUCUCGUCUUUUUCUCCCUUUAGGAGACAGAGGUGGAGUUGUACAAUGAGUUCCCUGAACCGAUAAAGCUGGACAGGAACGAACGGGCCAACCCAUCAGCGGAGGCCUGCAGCUGCUGAGGACCUAGCAGACUUACAGGGCCGUAACUGUCGGCCCUGCUACCCUGUCUUGCCUUGUCUAACCCCUAUCCCCCACACCCCACUGUGUGCUCCCCUUUGCCCAAUAUUAUCACUGGCCUUCGUAGAUGCAAGUUCCGCGCGAAAAAUAUACUUUACACACACGCUGCACUCACACCUGUGUACAUAUCACACACUUACUCUCAAGAUAAGUCUCCAAGCCCAAAGAACACCCAGAUGAAUAUUAUAGCAUUUAUUAACAUGAGAUCUGCUUAGUAUUUCCCCCUUAACUGUCUCGUGACGCAAACACUUUUUUAGACACCAUUGUUUCCAUGGCACCACCCAACAUCACACACACGCAUACGGAAAUAAAAUCCCAUGACAUUUAAAAGGGGGGGUUAGUUCCAGUGGUAAAGGAGGUUGUGAAGGUUCAGAACGAGUAAUUUAUAUAAUUGUGUGUGAAAGUGUGUGUUUGGGUCAUGCCAAUGUACUGCCCAAAGAUACAUGUGUUAAUUGGCUUGGAAGUGAACUAGCAAGUCCAACAUACGAGUAUGUUGUUCAAUGCAUUUUUUUGCACUUUGUUGUCAUGUAGACGUAUUCAAAUCCUGUUUGACACCUCAUUUUGAAGCCACAAUAAAAACCAACAUUUUAAGUCGAGGCUGAAGAGGCAGUGUGGAUUUUAACUCUGCUCCCCAACUUCAAUGAUGUCCCCUAACUGCCCUAUACAUUCAAUGUUUCUCAAUGUCAAGCAGCAAAUUAUUUUGUCAACAUUCUGCGACCUGACACAAGGGGUAGAGAAUCAAAGGGAGGACGUCCUAUCUGAUACAGCUGGGGAGGGGACAGAGAUUUUUCAAGCGUAUAAAUAUGACACAUUACUAUUAUUAGCUAUUGCCUCUAUAUUGUCUUAUUUUUACACUGUCAACUGUUGCAAGACUAUAUGUGCAAACCUUUAAGUCUGUCAAUCGUUUAGCGUAGGCAAAAACCAUGUCAGUUUCCAUGCCUCUGCCGAUAGCUCAGGUUGGCAAAUUUUUUGUUGACAAGUGCUCGAUAUUUCUUUUAACUGAUCAGAUCUUUUACUGUCUGUUCAUAUAUUGUUAUUAUUACUAUGUUUAGAAUUUGAAUUGCAUCAUAGAUGAUGAGAACAC